AUGUCAUCAGAGGUUGAUGAUGAGCUCAUGGAAACACUCUUUGGUUAUUCAACCACCAACAAAACUCAAGAAAGAAGCAAAAAUGUCUCAACUUUGACAAAGUCUAACUCCAACACACCAACUCAAAUAUUCAUUUUGGAGCCAAGAAAAUCCCAAAACACUGCAAUUGUUCUAAGAUCACUUGCCACCUCUCGCAGGACUAUCUUGGAAGCACUACUUGACGGCCAAGGACUAAGCCUAGAGACGCUCGAAAAGCUCACCAAAAUAGCUCCCACACAAGAAGAAGAAUCCAAGAUCAUGCAGUUCAAUGGCAACCCUGAAAAGCUUGCAGACGCCGAGUCUUUCCUCUACCACAUCCUCAAAGCGGUUCCAACCACAUUCCAUCGUCUCAAAGCCAUGCUUUUCAGGUAUACUUAUGACUAUGAAGUUCUUCAACUGAAAGAAUAUUUGCAAGCACUCGAAAUGGGUUGCCGGGAACUGAGAACUAGUGCUUUGUUCCUGAAGCUUCUUGAGGCAAUUCUCAAAGCUGGGAACAGAAUGAAUGCGGGAACAUCAAGAGGGAAUGCAAAAGCAUUCAAUUUGAGUGCUCUUAAAAAACUCUCUGAUGUGAAAAGCACAGAUGGAAAGACUAGUUUGCUUCACUUCAUAGUGGAACAAGUGGUUCAAUCAGAAGGUAAAAGAAAAGCUAUGUACCAAAGAAUCAAUGGCGAAAAAGAACACAUAAUGCUUGGUUUUGCAGCCCUGGAUGGGUUAAGAGAUGAGGUAUCUGAAGCAAAGAAAGCAGCGAGUAUAGAGUAUCAAACUUUUAUCACAAUGUAUUCCAAUCUCAAUUCUCAUGUUAUUGAAAUCAAGGAGAUUGUAACAAAAUGUUGUGGCAGCAGCAACACUAGCGUUGAUGGGUGUGGUGGGUUUUUAAAGGAAAUGAAAGGGUUCAUAGAGGAAUGCGAGGAAGAGCUUAAGGUUGUGAAAGAAGAGCAAACAAGGAUCAUGGAUCUUGUGAGGAAAACUAAUGGUUAUUAUCUACCAGGAACAUUUUUAUCUAAAGAUAACGGCAAUUUGACGAACCCCUUUGAAUUGUUUGUGAUUGUGAAAGAUUUUGUUGAUAUGGUGGAUCAGGCUUGUGUGGAGCUUAAAAAGAAGAUGGAAAAGAAGGGUGUUGUAGGAACAGCAGAAGGUGGAUUGGAACCACUACCUUUGUCUCCUUCAAAGAGGGUACCAACUAGAUUUCCCAACUUUGAUUUAUAUUUUUCGUCAAAUGUGUUGGAAUCUACUUCCUUCAGCCAAUCAGAAGAUGAUUCCUGAAGCGUGUUUUUAUGCACUUGUUUGUCUCCUUUACAUAAUAUCCUGUUAGACACAAAUGCCAUUAUACG